AUGGGUAGUUCUGGAGGAUCUAUUUCUAAUGGUCUACGUAAUGAUGUGAUAACCAGUUUGAGAAGUGAAAAUCAAUUUGUUGGUGGUGGCUCUGGAAAUUUGAAAUCCAGUGUAUGGGAUUCUGGUCAAAAGGGAUUUGGAAUCAAUAUGAUUGGAGGGGAUGGAAUGAGUGGCAGGAUGUUUGCUGGGGCUGGAUUCAAAGACCUUGGAUCUGAUGCCAGUAGUUCAGAAAAAGGAUCCCAUAUUCCAGAAGCAACUCCGAAAUACUCAGAAACAAAUGCAAUUAUUGGUGAAGCUUCUACUUGGGGCAAAGGAGCGUAUAAAGCUUUCAAUGGCCGUAUCUUUUCUUUUGAGUCAUCGUGUGCCUACACUUUCUGCCGUCACUGUGUUGAGUCUGGAGGAGAUUUCAAUAUUGAGAUCAAACGGAAUAAUGAUAGUGAGAUUGAAAAAAUAACAGUUCUAAUCGACAGUAAUGACAUUUCUAUUAUUGGUGAUAUUAUUUUAGUUAAUGGAGAAAGUGUACAGAUACCAUAUAACAAUAAGUUGAUUCACAUUAAAAAAUAUGGAGAACACAAUCUCCUGAACAGCCGUAGAGGAAUCCUAUCAUUAAUGUGGGACAAAAAUAACAAACUGUCACUCACUCUUCACAAGCAAUAUCCAACUUGUGGUCUUUGUGGUAACUUCAACAGCACUCCAGGGCAAGAUGUCAAUGAGCACAUUGCCAAUAGUAAAAUUCCUGGUGAUUGUCCCAAUGCUGUUAGUAAAAGCUAUGAGGUUUGUGAAGAUGGAUUACAGUACUGUAACAAAAUUAUUGGAACUUACUUUGAGAAAUGUGGAAAGGUUGCCACUUCAUCCGAUGACUACAAAAUGAUUUGUGUUGAUGAGUACUGCCAAAAUAAAGAAAAAAAUUCUACGUGUGACACUUUCUCAGAAUUGUCCCGCCUCUGUGCCUCAGAUGGUUCUGGCAUCUUUGAAUCCUGGAGAAACGAUUCCGAUGUGGUUUGUGAAAAACAUACAUGCCCAGAAAAACAUAUCUACAAAGAAUGUGGACUCUCAAAUCCUCCAAGUUGUUCUAAUGUGGCUCCUUUUCAAGACAGUGAAUGUGUGAGUGGCUGCACCUGCCCAGAAGGUUAUCUAUUGGAUGAUAUUGGAGAAAAAGGGAAAUGUGUAUUAAAGGCUGAAUGUCCCUGUGAAUCCAGUGGAAAAGUGUAUCAGUCAGGAGAAGUCCGAGAAGGCCCCUGUGGUUCUCAGUGCACAUGCCAAGAAGCAAAGUGGGCUUGCACUGAAGCACUCUGCCCUGGAAGAUGUAAGGUGGAAGGAAGUUCAUUUACCACCUUUGAUGGUGCUAAGUACAACUAUGCUGGAAACUGUCACUUCCUGGCCAUUUACGAUAAAGAUUGGUCUGUUAGUGUUGAGCUUCGUCCAUGUCCAAGUGGGCAGACAGGAACAUGCUUAACUAGUGUUACACUUCUCUUGAAUUCUUCUGUUUCAGUUGAAAAAUAUAUAUUCAACAGUGAUGGAACAGUUACAAAUGACAAGAUUAGAAAUCAAAGUUAUUACUAUACAGACAAAAUACAAAUCUUCAAAGCGUCUUCCUCUUAUCUUCAAGUAGAAACAUACUUUCAUGUAAAAAUGCAAAUACAAAUUGUUCCUGUGAUGCAAUUGUAUGUUUCUAUGCCACCCAACCAAUUCACAGACACCGUAGGACUCUGUGGUUCCUACAACAACAAAGUGGAGGAUGAUUUCAUGUCAAGUCAGAAUAUAUUGGAGAAGACAUCUCAGGCAUUUGCUAAUUCUUGGGAAAUGAUGUCCUGCUCUAAAGGAAACUCUGCUUCAUGUAUCAGUAUAGAUAAAGAAAAGUUUGCUGAAAGGCACUGUGCAAUUCUCCUUGAUUCAAGUGGGCCUUUUGCUUCCUGCCAUCCAGUUGUGAACCCUAAAUCCUAUCAUGAGGAAUGCAAAAAAUACACUUGCUCUUGUGAAAACAGCCAAGAUUGCCUGUGUACAGUUUUAGGCAACUACGUGAAAGCGUGUGCUGAGAAGGAAACAUACAUAGUGGAAUGGAGAACUGGACAAUGUGAGCAAUCCUGUCCAAGUGGCCUGGUUUUCAAGUACAGUGUAAAAGCCUGCAAUAGUUCUUGCCGAUCAUUGUCAGAGGGAGAUAGGAGCUGUGAUGUAGAAGAUGUUCCAGUUGAUGGAUGUGCCUGCCCUGAUGGAAUGUUCCAGACUAAUGAAGGAAAAUGUGUUCAGAAAUCUGAGUGUGACUGCUACUUAAAUGAUGAGGUCAUGCAGCCGGGCAAACUCAUCCAUCUUGAUGACAAUACAUGUGUCUGUCAGGAUGGGAUUCUUCUUUGCCAGACUCCUCUUAAUUUAACCCUAUAUAACUGUUCUGGAGGGGCUGAGUAUGUGGACUGCAGUGAUCCCAAGGCACAGAGUAGAGUUGACAGAACGUGCAGCACUCGGAACAUACCUAUUUUUGAUGAGGACUUGUCUUGCAGACGUGGCUGCUACUGUCCAGUAGGAAUGGUUCGAAAUUCUGAGAGGAAAUGUGUCUUUCCUGAUGACUGCCCAUGCUCUUUUGGUGGAAGAGAAUAUGACCAAGGAAGUGUCACUUCAGUUGGCUGCAAUGAAUGUACUUGCAUUAAAGGGUCUUGGAACUGUACACAAAAUGAAUGUCAAACCACCUGCCACAUCUAUGGGGAUGGACAUGUUAGAACUUUUGAUGGGAAAAGUUACAGCUUUGAUGGUCUCUGCCAGUACUCAUUUCUUGAGGAUUAUUGUGGUAGUGAAAAUGGCACAUUCCGUAUUUUAACUGAGAGUGUCCCGUGCUGUGAAGAUGGGCUUACAUGCUCAAGAAAAAUCAUAGUUGCUCUUCAGGAUCAGAAUGUUGUCUUGCAAGAUGGUAAAGUAACAGCAGUCAAAACUACAGAAAGUACGGAGUGUGAACUCAAUGCAAAUGUAUACUCCAUACAUACUGUUGGCCUGUACUUGAUUCUGAAGUUUCUAAAUGGAAUCAUCAUAAUUUGGGACAAAAAUACGAGACUGUCUGUUAUACUGGAUCCACGUUGGAAUGGCAAAGUGUGUGGUCUUUGUGGAAAUAAUAAUGGAGACCUCAAGGACGAUUUCACAACAAGAUACUCAUCGGUAGCUGCUGGAGACCUGGAAUUUGGAAAUAGCUGGAAAACAAGUCAAGACUGUUCAGACACUGUAGCUCAAAGUUUCCCAUGUGACUCAAACCCUUACUGUAAAGCCUGGGCUGUGCGGAAAUGUGAGAUUAUCAGGGACAGCACCUUCAGAGACUGCCACAGCAAGGUUGACCCCAAUGCUUACUACGAUGCGUGUAUUGAAGAAGCCUGCGCGUGUGACAUGGAGGGGAAGUACGUUGGAUUCUGCACUGCCGUGGCCAUGUACGCAGAGGCAUGUAGUGCAGUGGGAGCCUGUGUCUCAUGGAGAAAACCAAAUCUCUGUCCUGUCUACUGUGAUUAUUACAAUGCACCUGGGGAAUGCAGCUGGCAUUAUGAACCGUGUGGUACAGUGACUGCAAAAACAUGUAAAGAUCGGGUCAUUGGCCAGAAAUUUUCUGCACUUUUAGAAGGUUGUUAUGCGAAGUGUCCAGACAGUGCUCCCUAUUUGGAUGAGAACACCAUGAAAUGUGUCAAUUUGUCCGAGUGCAGCUGCUUCUACAAUGAUAUCAUACCAGCAGGGGGAGUGAUCGAAGACAAUUGUGGAAGAACGUGUUUCCACUACAACAGCUACCUCCAUAUUAAGCACCAAAGCAGAAAACCCUAUGAAUAUGGUGCCGUAUUUCCCCCUAUUUACAAAGUAAAUGAAAGCACAAAGAGGUUAAGCAUUACCAGAAGUGUAGUUUCCAUCACCUCCACAGCUGGAAGUGCAAGCACUGCUGGAGUGGUGAACCCCACCUUCACCAGUCCCGGGGACAUAUCAGGGACAACUGGAGUCUCACCAAGUGGAACCACAGGAGCUGACAAUGUAACUUCAAAUGACGCAGGCUACACAGUGGGUACAACAGGAGAGUCCGUGGGAGCUACCACAGGAGCAGGCAGGGCGAGCACACCUGGAGCAUUAGGCACUGCGGCCACCAGUGCUGGAAACCCAGCAGGCAAGACUAACCCUCCUUUGGGGUCCUCUGAUGGGGAACCACUGGAGGACCAGGUGGAGCCACCACUGAAGGUCUUCAUGAAAGCACAUCUGGAAGAACAGGUACCAAAGGAGCAUAACCAGCACGAAAUCCAUUCAGCAGAAGUGUGCUUUUUCUCCAAAUUCAGUCAGCGACAAGGUGAUCCUGGGGUAUCAUCUGGAGCAACCCUUGCAACUGGAGGUGGCAGUACACCUGGAGAAUCAGGCACUGGAGCCACAGGUUCGGGUACAACAGGAGAGUCCGUGGGAGCUACCACAGGACCAGGCAGGGGCAGUACAACUGGAGUGUCAGGCACUGGGGCCACCAGUGCUGGAAACCCAGCAGGAACCACUGGAGGAGCAGGUGGAGCCAGCACUGGAGCUGCUGUUGAAGACACAUCUGGAAGAACAGGCACAUCUGGGGUAUUAUCUGGAGCAACCCCUGGAGCUGGAAGUGGCAGUACACCUGAAGAAGCAGGCAACGAAGCCACAGGUUCUGGGACACCUGGACCAUCAGUGAGUGUAACAAUUGGAGCCCUAAGCAGGAAAGUGACACCAUCUGAAGGAACAACUGAGGAAGAAAAUGCAGCCACCACUGGAACUCUUGUUGAAAACACUUCUGGAGCAUCAGUGACAUCUGGACCAUCAGUGAGUGUAACAACUUCAGCCCAAAGCAGUGAAGUGACAUCAUCUGAAGCCAAGUCAGGAACAACUGGAGGGGAAAAUGUAGACACCACAGGACAUGACGGUGAAAACACCUCUGGAGCAUCAGGGACAACUGGACUGUCAUCAGGUGGAACCACGCAAGCUGACAAUGAAAUUCCAGAUGCUGCUCUCUUCAGAGCAGGCACAACAGGAGAGUCUGUGGGAGCUUCCCUAAGAACAGGCAGCAGGAGUACACCUGGAGUUUCAGGCACUGGGGCCACCAGCACUGGAAACCCAGCAGGAACCACUGGAAGAGCAAGUGGAGCCAUCACUGAAGCUGCUGGUGAAGGCACAUCUGGAAGAACAGUAAUAACUGGAAUUGCCAGUGAAUCAACUACAUUGAUAGGAAAAACCACUGGAGUACAAGGUCUGACAGGAGGUUUUGUGGGAGCUUCCACUGGGACAGGCAGUGGAAGCACAGCUGGAGCAUCAGGCACUGGGGCCACCCACCCAGGAAAUCCAGCAGGGACAGCUGAACCAUCAGCUGAAGUGACAGGGAAUUAUGCACAAACACGUGGAGUGAUUGAAACAACUGGAUUAUCAAGUGAAGUUUCAGGGACAACAGAACCGCCAGAUGAUGGAUCAGAAACAAAUGGACCAUCAGUCGAAGGACUGAGUACAACUGGACUAUCAGCUAAAGUGACAGGGAAAUCUGGACUAUCAGUGGGAACAACAGGGACUACAGGACAAUCAUCAAGAGUAACAAGGGUAUCUGUAGCAUCAACAGGAGUGUCAGGGACAUUUGGACCAUCAGCUGCAGUGACAAGAUCUUCUUGGCAAUCAUCAGGGGUGACGGGGAUAUCUGGACCAUCAGCUGGAGUGACAAAGACAUCUGGACUAUCAGCUGGAGUGUCACAGACAUCUAGGCCAUCAACUAGAGUGGAAGAAACUUCUAGACAAUCAUCGCAAGUAACAGGGAUAUCUGGGCCAUCAAUUGCAGUGACAGAGAUUACCAGACAAUCAUCAGGAGUGUCAGGGGAAAGUAGACAAUCAUCAGGAGUGACAGUGACAUUUAGACCAUCAGCUAGAGUGACAAGGAAUACUGGAAAAACAUCAGGUGUGACAGAGACUACCAGACAAACAUCAAGAGUGACUAGGACAACUGGAUCAUUACUUGGAGUGUCAGGGACUUCUAGACAAUCAUCAUGGAAAACAGGGACAUCUGAACCUCCAGCUGGAGCAACAGGGACAUCUGUACCAUCAACUGGAGUGUCAGGGACAUUUGGACCAUCAGCUGGAGUGACAAAGACAUCUGGAUUAUCAGUUGGAGUGACAGGGACUACUGUGCAAUUAUCAGAUGUGACAGGGACAAGUAGACCAUCAGCUGGAGUGUCAGGGAUAUCAGAACCAUCAACUAAAGUGACACAGACAUCUGAACUAUCAGCUAGAGUGACAGGAACUACUGGACAAUCAUCAAGAGUGAUGAGGACAUCUAGACAAUCAUCUGGAAUGAGAGGGACAUCAGGACAAUCAUCACGAGUGACAGGGACAUCUGGACCAUCAGUUGGAGUGACAGAAAUUACCAAACAAUCAUCAGAAAUGUCAGGGGAAAGUAGACAAUCAUCAGGAGUGACAGUGACAUCUAGGCCAUCAGGUGGAGUGACAGGGAAUACUGCAAAAACAUCAGGCAUAAUAGGGACUACUGGACAAUCGUCAAGGCAGACAAGAACAACAGGAUCAUCAACUGGAGUGUCAGGGACAUAUGAAUCAUCCCCUGGAGUGACAGGGACUUCUGUACAAUCACUACAGGUAACAGAGAUAUCUGAACCUUCAGCUGGAGUGACAGGCACAUCUGGAGCAUCAGUCAGAGUGUCAGGGACAUCUGGACUAUUUGCUAGAGUGACAGGGAUUACCGCACAAUCAUCUGGAGUGACAGGAACAUCUAUACUAUCAUCUGGAGUGUCAGAAACAUCUGGACAAUCAGCUGAAGGAACAGGGAGUACUGGAGAAUCAUUGGGUGCGACAGGGACAUCUAGAUCAUCAUUUGGAAAGACAGGGAAUACUGGACAAACAUCAGGAGUGGUAAGGACUACUGUACAAUCAUCAGGAGUGACAGAUAAAUCUGUACCAUCAGCAGGACCGUCAGGGACAUCUGGGCCAUCAACUGGAGAGUCAGAGACAUCUGUUCCUUUAGCUGGAGAGACAAAGACUUCUGCACAAUCAGCUGACAUGACAGGUACUUCUGGACAAUCAUCAGAAGUGACAGAGACAUCUAGACAUUUGCUUGGAGUGCAACAGACAUCUGGGCCUUCAGAAGCAGUGACAGAGGCAUCUAGACUAUCAGCUACAAUGAUAGAAACUAGUGGACAGUUGUCAGGAGUGACAGGGACAUAUGUACCAUUAGCUGGAGUGUCAGAGACAUCUGGACUAUCAACUACAGUGACAGGAACUUCUGGACAAUUAUCAGGAGUUACUGGGACUUCUGGAAAAUCAACUGGAGUGACAGGGACAUAUGGACUAUCAGUUGGAGUGACAGGGUCAACUGUACAAUUAUCAGAAGUGAUGGGGUCAACUGGAUCAUCAGCUGAGAUUUUAGGGACAACUAGACCAUCAUCUGGAGUGUCAAGGAAGUCAGGACCAUCAACUGAAGUGACAAAGACAUUAGGACGAUCAGCUGGGUUGAUAUGGACAUCAGGACCAUCAUCAGGUGUGACAGGGACAUCUGGACCAUCAGUUGGAGAGACAGUGAAUUCUGGACAAUCAUCAAGAGUGACAGGAACAACUAGAUCAUCAGCUGGAGAGUCAGGGAUAUCUGGACCAUCAGCUAGAGUGACAGAGACACCUACUUUAUCAGCUAGAGUGAUAGGGGACAAUGGACAUUCAGCAGCAGUGACAGGGACAUCUGGACUGUCGGCUGGAGUGUCAGAGAUAUCUGGCCCUUCAUCUGCAGUGACAGGCACAUCUGAACUAUCAGCUAAAGUGACAAGGACUAUUAGUCAAUCAUUAGGAGUUACAAGGACAGCAGGGACAUCGGUAACAUCAGAUGGAGUAUCAAGGACAUCUGCACCUUCAGCUGGAAAAACAUCAGAAGUGACAGGGACUACGGGGCAAUCAUCAAGAGUGAUACAGACAACUGGUUCAUCACUUGGAGUGUCAGGGUCAUCUGUACCAUCAACUGGAAUGAAAAGGACUUCUGGACAAGUGGCUGAAGUGACAGGGACUUCUGGACAAUUAUCAGGAGUGACAGGGACAUUAAGACCUUCAGCCAGAGAGUCACAGUCAUCUGUAUCUUUAGCUGCAGUGCCAGGGAUAUCUGACCUAUCAGCUGGAGUGACAGGGCCUACUGGACAAUUAUCUGGAAUGACAGGGGCAUCUGUACCUUCAGCUGGAGUUUUAACAUCAUCCAGACCAUCAGGCAGUACUGGACAAUCAUCUGGAGUGACAGAGACAUCUGUACUAUCAACUGGAGAGUCAGGGACAUCUGAACCACCAGCUACAGUGACAGGGACAUUUGCAUUAUCAGGUGGAGUGACAGUGACUACUGGAUUAUCAUCAGGAAUAACAGGGACUUCUGAACCUUCAUCCAUAGUGUCAGGGACAUCUCAACAAUCAGUUGGAUUGAAAAGUAAGUCUAGAACAUCACAACAGAUGACAGAAAUAUCUGGGACAUCAGCUGCAGUGACAGGGACUGAUGGAAAAUUGUCAGGAUUGUCAGGGACACUUGACCAGUCAUCAGGAGUGACAGCAACAUCUGUACCUCCAGCUGGAGUGUCAGGGACAUCUGGACCAUCAGCUACAGUGACAGAAUCUUCUGGACAAUUACCAGGAGUGUCUGGGACUUCUGGAUCUUCGGCUGGAUUGAUACAGACGUCUCUACUAUCAGGUGGAGUGACAGGGUCUACUGUACAAUUAUCAGAAGUGUCAAGGAUAACGGGACCAUCAGCUGGAGUUUCAGGGACUUCAGGACCAUCAGAUGAAGUGACAGGGACAUUUACAUUACCGGCUGGAGUGACAAGGACAUCAGUAACAUCAUCAGGUGUGACAAGGACAUCAGGACCACUCGUUGGACAAACUUCCGGAGUGUCAGGGACUACUGGACAGUCAUCAACAGUGAUAAGCACAACUCGAUCAUCACCUGGAAUGUCAGAGUCAUCACGACCAUCAGCUGGAGAGACCAGGAGUACUGGACAAUCAGCACAAGUGACAGAAGCAAGUAGAUUUUCAGCUGGAGUUUCACGUAUAUCUGGACCAUUGACAGGGACACCUGGUCAAUCAUCAAGAUUAACAAGGACAACUGGAACUUCAGUUGGAGUGUCAGGGACAUCUGGACCAUCAGCUACAGUGACAGAAUCUUCUGGACAAUUACCAGGAGUGUCUGGAACUUCUGGAUCAUCGGCUGGAGUGAUACAGACGUCUCUACUGUCAGGUGGAGUGACAGGGUCUACUGUACAAUUAUCAGAAGUGUCAAGGAUAACGGGACCAUCAGCUGGAGUUUCAGGGACUUCAGGACCAUCAGAUGAAGUGACAGGGACAUUUACAUUACCGGCUGGAGUGACAAGGACAUCAGUAACAUCAUCAGGUGUGACAAGGNUGAUACAGACGUCUCUACUGUCAGGUGGAGUGACAGGGUCUACUGUACAAUUAUCAGAAGUGUCAAGGAUAACGGGACCAUCAGCUGGAGUUUCAGGGACUUCAGGACCAUCAGAUGAAGUGACAGGGACAUUUACAUUACCGGCUGGAGUGACAAGGACAUCAGUAACAUCAUCAGGUGUGACAAGGACAUCAGGACCACUCGUUGGACAAACUUCCGGAGUGUCAGGGACUACUGGACAGUCAUCAACAGUGAUAAGCACAACUCGAUCAUCACCUGGAAUGUCAGAGUCAUCACGACCAUCAGCUGGAGAGACCAGGAGUACUGGACAAUCAGCACAAGUGACAGAAGCAAGUAGAUUUUCAGCUGGAGUUUCACGUAUAUCUGGACCAUUGACAGGGACACCUGGUCAAUCAUCAAGAUUAACAAGGACAACUGGAACUUCAGUUGGAGUGUCAGGGACAUUUAAACCUUCAGCAGGGGUGACGGGGACUUCUGCAUUAUCAGCUCGAGUUACAGGGAGCACCGCACAAUCAUCAGGAGUGACAAGGACUUCUGUACCAUCAGCUGGAGUGUCAGAGACAUCUGGUCCAUCAGCUGCAGUGACAGGGACAUCAGGAACAUCAGGAGCCGUGACGGGAUCUUCUGAACUAUCAGGUGAAGUGACAAGGACUACAGGAAAAUCAUCAGGUGUGGCAGGGACAUCUGACCUCUCAGCUGGUGCGUUAGGGACAUCUGGGCCAACUGCUAGAGUGACAGAAACUUCUGGACAAUCAUCAGGAGUUACAGGGACAUCUGGACCACCAGCUGGAGUGACAUGGACAUUUGGACCUUCAGCUGGACAAACAUCAGAAAUGUCAAGGGCUACCGGACAAUCAUCAAGAGUGAUAGGGACAUCUGGAUCAUCACCUAGAGUGUCAGGAACAUCUGGGCUAUCAGCUGGAGUGACUCAGAAUUCUGAACAAUCGUCAGGGGAAUCAGGGAUAUCUGAACUUGCAGCUGGAGUGACAGGGACAUCUAGACUAUCAGCUAGAGGGAAAGGAACUACGGGACAAUCUUCUGGUGUGACAGGGACCCCUGGACCAUCAUCAGGAGUGACGGUGUCAGAGACAUCUGGUCCAUCAGCUGCAGUGACAGGGACAUCAGGAACAUCAGGAGCCGUGACGGGAUCUUCUGAACUAUCAGGUGAAGUGACAAGGACUACGGGACAAUCAUCAAUAAUGACAGGGACAGGGGGAUCAUCAACUGGAGUGUCAGGGACAUCUGGACCAUCAGUUAGAGUAACAAGGUCUUCUGGACUGUCAUCAGGAGUCACAGAGACAUCUGGAACUACAGCUGUAGUUUCAGGGACAUUUGGACCUUCAGCUGAGGUGACAGGUAUAUCUGUAUUAUCAGCUGCAGUGACAAGGACUUCUGGACAAUCAUCAUCAGCAGCAAUGACAUCAGGAAAAUCAUCAGGUGUGGCAGGGACAUCUGACCUCUCAGCUGGUGGGUUAGGGACAUCUCGGGUAACUGCUGGAGUGACAGAAACUUCUGGACAAUCAUCAGUUAUCAUGGGUUCUACUGGACCAUCAGUUAGAGCAACAAGGUCUUCUGGACUGUCAUCAGGAGUCACAGAGACAUCUGGAACUACAGCUGUAGUUUCAGGGACAUUUGGACCUUCAGCUGAGGUGACAGGUAUAUCUGUAUUAUCAGCUGCAGUGACAAGGACUUCUGGACAAUCAUCAUCAGCAGCAAUGACAUCAGGAAAAUCAUCAGGUGUGGCAGGGACAUCUGACCUCUCAGCUGGUGGGUUAGGGACAUCUCGGGUAACUGCUGGAGUGACAGAAACUUCUGGACAAUCAUCAGUUAUCAUGGGUUCUACUGGACCAUCAGUUGGAGCUACAGGGAAAUCUGGAAUAUCUAUUUUAGAAUCAGGGUCGACAACUGUACCAUCAGCUAGGGAAUCAGGAACAACUGAGCCAUCAGCUCGAGUGACAGUGACAACUGGACUAUUUUCUGUAGGAUCUGGUACGAUUAGAUCAUCUGCAGGAGAAAUAGGUACAACUGGAUCAUCUGUUGAAGGAGCAGGAACAACUAGACCAUCUGUUGUAGAAUUAGGGUCAACUGUACUGUCAGCUGGAGCAUCAAGUGCAACUAGACCAUCAGCUGCAGAAUCAGGGAUUACUGUACCAUCUGCUGGAGUGUCACGGACAAUUGUACAAUUAGUUGGAGUGACAAGGACAACUGUGUCAUCAUCUGGAGGAUCAAGGACCACUGGACCAUCAGGUGGCACAACCGCUGGGCCAGGAAGAACUAUUGGAGAACCAGGAAGUGAAGUUCCAGCAUCCGAAGGUGCAACUGGAGUGCUGGCUACAACUUCUACAGGAGCUAGAGGUGAAAGCACAGCUUCCACAUCAGGUUCCAUGGGAGCUGCUCCUGGCUCCACACUUGAACCAGGAAGUACCACUGUUGUGCCAUCAAAACAGGCUGAAGUAGCAGGCACCACCAUCUUUUUUCCUGAAGUCAGUAGCAGUUCAGAAGUUUCCAACACAGGUGUCACUGGAGUCGGCUCUGAGACAGCUGUUCAAACAGGAAUUUCCAGGACAGCCACCACUGGGUCAGCUCCUGACACAACUGUUGCCCCUGGCAGUUCCAAUACAGAAGCCACAACUGCCUUAGGAGAAAGUGGGACAACCAGAGGUGGAAUGGCCACAGAGGCCACAAGUGCCACAGGAAGCAGCAGGACCACCGGAUCAGACCUGCCAGGAGGUACUUCUGGUGAAUACUCUGGGACAACCAUUACAUCUGGAGGUUCCAAGACAGAGGCCACAACUCUCACAGAAGGCAGGGGCAGUACUGGAGCUGAAUCCAGGACAGCUACCACUAGUGUCUUUUCUGGAAAGACUCUGGAACCUGGGAAUUACAACACAGGUACUUCUGGUGAAUUCUCUGAGACAACCAUUACAUUUGGAGCUUCCAACACAGAGAUAGGUCUUCAGGAGACAAACAGGAGUCGCUGUGGUGAUUCCAGUCCCUUUUGUGUUUCAGCCACCACUGAGGUAGGCCCGGGCACAACUGUUGCUCCUGGAAGCUCCAACACAGGUACUACUGGUGUGAUCUCUGGAAAAACUCUGGAACCUGGAAGUUACAACACAGGUACCAACAUGGUUUCACCUGGAGUUAGCAGCAGUUCACAGAGUUCCAAGCAAAGCGGUACUACAGGAGAAUUCUCUAGGACAACCAUCAUAUCUGGAAGUUCCCACGCAGCCACUACUGGAGUAGCCCCUGGCACAACUGUUGCUGCUGGCAGUUCCAACACAGAGGCCACGACUUCCGUAGGAGAAAGUGGAACAACAAGAUUUGGAAUAAUCACAGGUACUACUGAGGGCAUCUCUGGCAAAACUCUGGAACCUGGAAGUGCCAACACAGUGGUCACAACUGUGCCAGGAGGCAGCCGGGCCACCAGUGCAGGACUGCCAGGAGGCACCUCUGGCUCACCAGGGGGCCACGUGCCACCAAGUGAAACACGUAAGGAUGAUUUAAAGCCCUGUUAUCUCUUUAGCGUACCACUGGAGAAUCUUCUAGAACAACCAUUAUAUCUGGAAGUUCUAACACAGGGCUGUUCUGACAAAGCAACACCCCAGUAUCUCCUCCAAGUAUCCCAAAUUCCCAGAAUUCUCUUUCUUCCCUCAGAGGCGACAGCUUCCACAGCAGGGACUGGUACUGCUAGAACUGGAUUCAAAACCGGCACCUCUGGGGUAGCUGUUGGCACAACAGUUGCCCCUGGAAGUUUCAGCACAGAGACUACAGCUUUCCUAGGAGGAAGUGGCAUCACUGGAGUAGAAAUAAAACAAGGCACUGCUGGAGUACCCUCUGGUACAACAUUUGCACCUGGGAGCUCCAACUCAGAGGCUGCCACUUUCUCAGGAAUCACUGAAGCAGUAACAGUCACAGAUACCAGGGCAGUAGACUCUGGAACAACCGUUGCACCUGGAAGUUCCAUUACAGGAAUCACCUUUGGAGCAUCGGAUAACCAAGUCACUGGAAGUAAAACAGGUAACACUGGUGUGGCCUUGAGCACAACUGUCGCACCUAGAAGUUCCCGUACAGAAGCCACAACUUCUACAGGAAUCAGGAAAACAGGAAUCACCACAAUACCAGCGGGAGGAAAUACGGGCUCUGAGGGUUCUAUUUCAGGAGCUACCACCAGAGCAUCGGUAAACCAAGAAACUGAAAGCACAAUAGAAGCUACAGCGUUGUCUGGAGGCAGUGGAACCCCAGGAAGUGAAAUAAGUACCGGUACUACUGGAGUGGCCCCUGGCAGCACCAUCUCACCUGGAAGUUCCAAUACACAGGCUACAACUUCUUCAGAAAGUUCUUCUACAACCUCUAGAGUCAUAAUGGCAACUGGUACUGCUUCAAGGUCAGCUGGAGUUUCCAGGGUCCCAGGAAAUUCCAGUCCUGGAGCUACAACUUCAGUGCUAAGUAAUAACACCCCUGGGAGUGGAAUACAAACAGAGGCAACAACUUUUAAAGGAGGGGUUGGAACCACUGAGGCAAGAAUUUCAUCAGGCAAUACCCCAGGAUCACUGGGAGUUACCAGUAGCCAAGAAGGCACCACUGUGGACUCAAGUGGAAUCACUGGAAUUUCAGAAAGUUCCAUCCCAGGGAUCUCCAAAGAAGCGUCAGAAACAACCAUUGCUCCUGGAAUUUCUACCACAGUCACUGCUUCUACGGGAGUCAAAGCAACCUCUGGCACUGGACUGCAGAAAGGCUCCACCUCGGUGUCAGCUGGAGUCACGACACACACAGAAGUAUCCCAGCCAGAAACCACUGUGGUAGCAACAGGGGAUCAAGAAACUGAAAAUGAAACAGUUUGUCAUGGUCCACUGGGAGAAGAGAAAUCUCCUGGAGACAUAUGGACUGCCAAUUGUCACAACUGCACCUGUACUGAUGCAAAGGCAGUAGACUGUACACCUAAGGAGUGCCCUUCUUUACCCACAUGCACAACUGGAGAGAAGCUUGUAAAGUUCAGAUCUAAUGAUACCUGCUGUGAAAUUGGAUACUGUGAACCGAGAACAUGUUUUUUUAACAACACUGACUACGAGAUUGGUGCUUCGUUUGAUGACCCCAGCAACCCAUGUGUCUCCUACUCCUGCAAUAGCACUGGCUUCGUUGCGGAGGUCCAGGACUGCCCAAAGCAGACCUGGUGUGCAGAAAUAGACAGAAUCUACGAUUCAAAAAAUUGUUGCUACACAUGUAAGAAUAAUUGCAGCUCUUCACUUAUAAAUGUCACUGUUAACUACAAUGGUUGCAAGAAGAAAGUUGAGAUGGCAAGAUGCGUAGGAAAAU